CAGAAUCAGCCACCAAAAUGGACUCUUCCAUUCAAACAAACACUUCAUAACUUUACGCACUGAAUUGCGCUGCAGCAGGGUCCGCCGCCAAUCAGCCGUCACCGCCUCGUCGAUCGCCACCACCACCUUGUGGCCUCCUCCUGUUCGGGCAGCACCCCCAGCAGGAAGCUGGAAAUGAGGAGUGGAGAAGACAACCAAUUAGUUGAACCUCUCUUGGAUGAUAACAAUUCAAGCAAGUCUAUAAAGGAUGACUUAGUAACCCCUUACUCAAGUGCCGGGCUUUUCAGUGUUCUUACUUUUUCUUGGAUGAGUUCCCUAAUUGAGCUCGGAAACAGAAAAGCAUUAGACUUUGCUGAUGUUCCUAAGCUUGACAGCAUGGACAGUGUUUUUGCAACAUAUCCAAUUUUCAGGAGUAAACUUGUUGAGUCAAAUAGUGAUGGUGUGGCUACGAGAGUUUCUGCAAUGUCCCUUGUGAAGGCAUUAUUCUUGUCGGCCUGGAGAGAUAUUUUUUUGACAGGUUUACUUUCUAUGGCGUAUACAUUAGCUUCAUAUGUCGGUCCAUAUCUUAUCGGUGAGUUUGUCCACUGCCUUAGUGGCCAAGGGAAGUUCAGAAAUCAGGGUUAUCUUUUAGCUUUGGCAUUUCUGGUUGCAAAGCUUGUUGAGCGCAUUUCAUAUAGAUGCAGCUUCUUUAAGCUGAAACAGAUUGGAAUGCGGAUGCGUUCAGUGAUUGUGACCUUGAUAUAUCGUAAGGGCUUAACGGUCUCUUCUUUCCAGGAAAACACCAGUGGUCAGAAAAUAAAUCUUUUGACAAUUGAUGCUCAACAGAUUGAGAGUUGUGGUGCCGACAUUCAUGAACCUUGGAUGGUCAUUCUCCAAUUCGGGCUGGCUUUGUUCUUAUUGUAUGAGAAUCUCGGGCUUGCAUUUCUUGCUGCACUUGGAGGAACUUGUGUUCUUAUGCUAGUGCAGUACCCGUUGGGAAAACUAUACACAAAUUUUAAUGAGAAAUUGAUGGAAGCUAAAGAUCAGAGAAUCAAGGCAACUUCUGAGGUUUUGAGGAACUUGAGAAUUAUCAAGUUUCAGGCUUGGGAUUUGAAGUUUUUGUCUAAGAUUAUGGAGCUCCGGAAGACGGAGGAAGCAUGGUUGAAAAAAGCCCUUUACACUUCUGCAUUCACGACUUUCGUUUACUGGUGUUCUCCCAUUUUAGUGUCCGUGGCUUCUUUUUCUACGUGUGUGCUAUUGAGAAUCCCACUUGAUUCGGCAAGGAUCUUAUCCGCACUUGCGACUUUUGGAAUGCUUAAUAAUUCACUGUCAAGUAUUCCAUCAUUAAUUUCUAUGAUUGCUCAGACCAAAGUCUCCCUCAGUAGAAUAUCACAUUUCCUUUCUCUUGAUGACUUGCGUACAGAUGUUGUACAUGAGAUCACUAGGAAUAGUAGUUCUGAUAUAGCAGUUGAGAUAACAGACGGUUGCUUCUCUUGGGAUAUUACAGCUCCCAAUCCAACUAUAAGAGACAUAAGUUUGAGGGUACGCCGAAGCAUGCGUGUAGCAGUAUGCGGCACUGUUGGUUGUGGCAAGUCUACCCUGCUUUCCUGCAUUUUAGGAGAGGUUCCAAAAAUCUCAGGCUCGGUUGAGUUGUGUGGGACAAAGGCAUAUGUUGCUCAGUCACCUUGGAUACAGAGCGGGACAAUUGAAGAGAACAUCUUGUUUGGUAAAGAAAUGGAUAGGGGAAGGUAUGAGAAGAUAUUGGAGGCAUGUGCCUUGGAGAAGGACCUUGAAAUCUUGCCCUUGGGAGAUCAGACCAUUAUAGGUGAGAGGGGUAUCAAUUUGAGUGGUGGACAAAAACAGAGAAUCCAAAUUGCAAGAGCUCUCUAUCAAGAUGCUGAUAUCUAUCUUUUUGAUGACACUUUUAGUGCUGUUGAUGCACAUACUGGAUCUCACUUAUUUAAGGAAGUUUUGCUUGGACUUUUGAGUACCAAAACUGUUGUUUACAUUACUCAUCAAAUUGAGUUUGUGCAUGCUGCUGAUUUGAUACUAGUAAUGAAAGAUGGAAGGAUUACACAAGCAGGAAAGUAUGAUGACAUUCUUAACUCGGGACCUGACUUCAUGGAGCUUGUAGGCGCGCACGACAUGGCUUUAUCCACACUUGGUGAUUUUGGACGAGAAGGUAUAAGCAAUUCUGAAGAAGAUAUCUUGGAAGAAGAGGAUAUGAAACCCAAUGAUGAUGAGAUAGCUCCCAAGGAGGAAGGAGGACAGAUUGUUAAAGAAGAAGAAAGAGGAAAAGGGCAAGUUGGCUUCCAAGUCUACUGGAAAUAUCUAACAACAGUAUACCGAGGAGCAAUGGUGCCCUUAAUUUUGUUUCUACAUCUUCUCUAUCAGAUCCUUCUAAUUAGUAGCAACUAUUGGAUGGCUGAGGUCGCUCCCAGUUCUUCAGCGGACGAUGCAGAUGCAAAGAAGAUUGGAUACAAUAUCAUAGCGGUUUAUGUAACCUUGAGUUUUGCAAGUGCUGUUUGCAUUUUGUUUAGGUCAAUACUCCUUGAGACAGCGGGGUAUAAAGCAGCAACCAUACUAUUUAAUAAAAUGCAUUCGUGCAUUUUUCGUGCCCCCAUGUCCUUCUUUGAUGGAACCCCAAGUGGGCGGAUCCUUAAUAGAUGCUCGGCAGACCAAAGUGAAGUGGACGAGAACAUAUCCUAUAGGGUUUAUUUAGUAGCUUUCUUGAUGAUUAAUCUUCUGGGCACAAUUGCAGUGAUGUCUCAGGCAGCAUGGCAGGUUUUUGUCAUUUUUAUACCCGUGAUCUCUACCUGCCUCUGGUACCAGAAUUAUUACAUACCUUCUGCAAGAGAACUGUCACGUUUGGUUGGAACCUGCAAUGCUCCGGUCAUCCAACAUUUUUCUGAAACAAUUUCAGGGGUAAUUACUAUCAGGAGUUUUGGUCAGCAGUUGAGGUUUCAAAAGUUAAAUAUGAAGCUGAACGAUGCAUAUUCUCAGUUGAAAUUUCAUAGUGCGGGUGCAGUGGAAUGGCUUGGCUUCCGCUUAGACAUGUUUUCUUGCAUCACAUUUGCUUUCUGUUUAUUUUUCCUAAUCCGUUUCUCAGAGGGAAUAAAUCCAGCAAUUGCUGGUUUGGCUGUGACAUAUGGACUUGGCCUAAACAUGGCACAAGCUAAGGUGAUAUGGAGCAUUUGUAAUCUAGAGUAUGCUAUGAUAUCGGUGGAGAGAAUACUUCAAUUUGUUUCCAUUCCCAGUGAGGCUCCUCUUAUAAUUGAUGAUGAAAAUAAACCAGAUCCUUCUUGGCCAUCUCAUGGAGAAGUUAAUAUUGCCAAUCUCCAGAUGCGUUAUGCACCUCACUUGCCACUAGUGCUGCGGGGCCUCACUUGCACUUUCUCUGGAGGAAAGAAAAUCGGUAUUGUAGGCAGAACAGGUAGUGGAAAGUCAUCUCUCAUACAAACACUAUUUAGAAUAGUGGAGCCUGCAGCUGGCCAUAUUGUUAUUGAUGGCAUCAAUACCUCUGCGGUUGGCUUGCAUGAUCUGCGAUCAAGACUGAGCAUCAUUCCCCAAGAUCCUACCAUGUUUGAAGGAACAAUUAGGAGCAACUUGGACCCCCUUGAGUCAUACACAAACAUGGAAAUUUGGGAGGUUCUUGAUAAGUGCCAACUUGGUGAUCAAGUUAGGAAGAAGGAGAAUGGCUUAGAUUCCAUAGUUACCGAGAAUGGAGAGAAUUGGAGUUUGGGUCAGAGGCAACUUAUCUGUCUUGGUCGCGUGCUACUGAAGAAGAGUAAGGUGUUGGUCCUUGACGAAGCCACUUCCUCGGUUGACACUGCCACUGAUAACUUCAUUCAGCAAACAAUUCAGCAACACUUUUCUGACUCCACAGUCAUAACAAUUGCACACAGAAUAACUUCCAUUCUUAACAGCGACAUGGUACUACUUUUGGGUCGCGGGGUUGUCGAGGAAUAUGACUCUCCUAAUAGAUUACUAGCAAACAAGGCAUCGUUGUUCGCAAAGCUUGUAACUGAAUACACAGAAAGUCACAAAAGAAGGGCGUCUAGAACAAAAGAGAGUCUUUUGCCUUGAUGUUCUGAAGAUAGACUAGUGUUUAUUUGGUAUACAAUGGCAAGUUGAGAGCUAUGGUUGGGCCAUUAGGGGUCGUCAUCCUAACAAGAAAAACAAAACUGUUUAGGGGUUCAGAGUUUCGUGAGAGUAUGUAUGCGUAGCUUUUGUGCCUAAAGAUCGGGAGUGGCAGACUACUGAUCGACAAACAUCUUCUGGCAGCAGAGAAGAAUGCGAAUCAGCUAUCAAACUGGGAUAUGUGGCAGGACUUCAAGGGUUGGAUUUGUAGCCCAAAGAUCUUUGGCCAGGUGGACAGAUGAGGAGGCUAAUAAGAAUGUCUUGGUGGGAGGGAAGGUUGGAAUCUGAAGAAUGAUAAAUAUAUGGCCUUCAGUGGAGGAGGGGGAAGGCUAAGAAUGCACAUUUACGAAUCUAGUUUCAUUUAAACAAAACGAGUAUAAUGUUUAGGGUGCGUUUGGUUGGGGAAAUGAUUUUCGUUUACUUUAAUAAGGUUGUGGGGUUUGG